GUCCUCUGCCGCUGGAGCUCGGCGGCGGCAGCGGAGUCAUGGCAACCGCCCGGAGCGGCUGGACCGCCCCGGGGGAGGAGCGGGAGCGGGAGGAGAUGGAGAUGGAGCCGGAGGAUGAGGAGGAGGAAGGAGAAGAGGAAGACAUGUGUUUCUACGCCCCCCGAGGGAGAGCUGCUGGGGACUUUGAUGGUGCCAGGAUGACUUUCACUGCACAGAAAUGUGGGAUCUGCUUCCAGCCCCCCUCCAUCAUCCUCAUCUACAGAGACAACGUCCAGGAGAAGACUCGCCAGCGCAUCAUGCCCAUCAGGAAUUUCUCCAGGUACUCAGACUGCGUCAGCGCUGCUGAGCAGAUGAAGAACAACCCCCGGCACAAGCCCUACCUGGAAGGGGUCUCGCUGCACCAGCUGGAGAAGCUGCACAGGCUGCUGAGAGAUCAUCUGGAAGGACAGAGCCUGUCUGACAGCUUGGGAAGGUAUCACCAUGAAUACACCAUUGACCCAGAGGAGGACAUGAACAAACUGGAUGACAAGGAACUGGCCCAAAGGAAGAGCAUCAUGGACGAGCUCUUUGAAAAGAACAGGAAGAGGAGGGAUGACCCUGACUUUGUUUACAACGUUGAGGUGGAUUUCCCACAGCAUGAGCACAUGGAGUCCUGUGCCUGGGACACGGAGUCAGAUGAAGAAAUGUGAUUCCAGACAAAGAUAGGCAGUUCAGAGACAAAUCUCAGUGUCCCAGCAGAGAGAACAAUGUCACCAUACACUGUCUCAGGAGAACCCAAGGUGCCACAGCAAUCCCAGGCUUGAGUCAGCUUUAUUUAAGGAGCCAGACUUGAUUAAAUGGAAACUGCAUAGCUGAAA